AGAGAGAGAGAGAGAGCGAGCGAGCGAGCGAAAGAGCAACGCAGCGAAACACAAGGUAAGGCUGCUAGCUGAGAGAGAGAGAGAAAGAGAGAGAGAGAGAGAGAGAGAGAGAGCGAGCGAGCGAGCGAAAGAGCAACGCAGCGAAACACAAGGUAAGGCUGCUAGCUGAGAGAGAGAGAGAAAGAGAGAGAGAGAGAGAGAGAGAGGGCAGCAUGGCGGGGCUUCAGGACUUCCAACAAGGCAGCCACUGUCACAGGAAAACGUGGAUCAAUAUACUACUCGGAAUACUACAAUUGCUUUUACCCUGCGUACAGCACGGAGGGGCACAGCUGCAAGCUCUGAGUCAGAUGUCCACCAGCGUGGUCGAGGUCUGGCAACCAGAGGAUGCAGACCCAUUAGUCCCACUUCAGAUAGAGAAGGAGCGAAGAAAAGAUGGUCUUCCAAUUGAAGACAGCUCCUCUCCAUAUACACGGGAGAAUGGGAGGACCUUGAAUUUUCAGCCCCCGACGUUGGAGUUUGGGACGCAGCCGCUGGGGCUGGCAAGAGCUGAAACCAUAUAUAUACAAAAUCCCAGCCAGGAUGUUCCUGUGACACUGCUGUCAAUGUUUACAUCCAGCAGGCAUUUUUACAUACCCUUCUUUCACAGAAGAGUAAUCCCACCCAGAGGGAAGGCAUCUUUCAAACUAAUUUUCUUGCCAUCUGAGGAGGGCAAUGUAGAAAACACAUUAUUUAUAAACACAUCAGCCAAUGGGCUUCUCUCAUACCAGGUAUUUGGUGUGGGAGUUCACCAGGGUUCAUUAAAGUCUGUCCAAAGAAAAGACAGUUCGUUGAUAUUCCCUCACAUCCAGAGCAUUAAGCUGACCCAAACUCAGGAAGAUGCCUCUAACAUCACCAUACUUGGUCUACUCCUGGAGUGCAGCUUACCCAAGAGUUUGUUCAACAAUCCUCAGGGCUCCUGCCUCCAGAGUGAGGAGCGCCUCAGUCUGCAGAUUAAUCUGUCUGCACGAGGCGAACGGCCCGCUGACCUGGACAAGCUCAAACCCUACGUCAUUGAGCACAUUUUGGUGCUUCUGAUGGCCCCCGCUGGCAUAGGGGAACUGAGGCUAGGAGUUCAUUUGUUAAAUUCUGGAGGCAAGAUGCUCUACAUAGAGGACAUGCAGGUGUUAUCAAAAGUGGAGGCCAGCCUGGAAUUUAAUCAAGUUCUCCUGAGACCAGAAGCAAAGAACUUCACUGAAGGGGCUACACUUGCCUGCAGAGGUUCGUUGCCCGGCCACGAAAGGAAAUGCACAAGUCAUAUCGGUUUAAAUUUUCUGGGAAACCAGACAACUAACAACUUCCCGGGAUUCCAUAUCGCACAAGGACGAACCGUUGGGGAUUUAUCCAGCAUGGUCCAGCUGAAACAAAGGGACGCUGCCCAGGUGGAUCUGUGGUUGACAAACUCCCUCAGUCUUCCUCUCACUGUGCUGAACGUCAGCCUCUCACAGAAGCUGCAGGGAGUGAUGAAGGUGGUGAACUUUAGCAGUCCACUGCUGGUUCCUCAAGGCUGCUGGCAUAUCCUGUCCCUCCAGUUGAUCAGCAGGUCCCUUCCUGUCAACCAGCUUUCCACCCUGAGUCUGGAAACCAGCCUGGGCACAGCGCUGCACAUUCCCCUUUACUUUCACUCUACUCCUUCUAAGCAGGGGGAGGUGGUGUUUGAGGCGGAAAGAGAGUGCGGAAGACCCUGCCCACUCAGACUGUCUGAAACAGGUCGUUCAGAGUGGCAGCAAACCCUCCUCCCAGACUUUUUUACCUCGACUUGGGCCACAGACAGCAAACUGGCUGCUGAACUCUGCUCCCGCUGGAGGAGCCACAAAGAGAAACUGCCCUGCAGGUGGCCAAGACUCCCUCUAGAGACGUCCCAUCCUCUGGACUUUGGUGCUACACCUGUUAAUGAGAGCAAGGUGAAGACAUUUACAUUGAAAAAUCCUACUUCUUCAGUGGUUUCUGUUGAGAUUCGAUGCCUCUCUCAGUACCCUGCCCCCCUGGAGGCCCUCGACCUCCUAACCAAAUGGUUUGAUGUCAGCCCUUUCUCGGUCAACAUCAGCACUUCAGAGUUUUCUCUGUUGGCCUCUCCUCCAAAGGUGCGGAACAGUGUGGAGGACCAAACAGGAGAGGGCGUUGUGCGUCUGCUGCUGCAGCCCUGGGAGGCAAGAGAAGUCGCUGUAGUCUUUACUCCCUCUGAGCACAAACGCAGCUCUACCAUUCUCAUCAUCAGAAACAACGUGACAGUGUUUGACAUGAUGACAGUGCAGGGUCAUGGGGCCAAAGAGCUCCUGAGAGUCGGAGGCAAACUGCCCGGCCCUGGUGCGUCGCUGCGCUUCAAUGUUCCUCAGUCGACUCUAAUGGAGUGUCGUGAUGGCCUGCGCACCGACAAGCCGCUCUUCGCCAUCAGAAAGAGUUUUAAAGUGGAGAAUGCAGGAGAGCUUCCUCUCACCGUCAUGUCCAUGAAUAUAAAUGGAUACAAGUGUCAGGGGUUUGGAUUUGAGGUUCUGCAGUGUCGCCCAUUUAGCCUCGACCACAACUCCUCCUCUGAAAUCACCAUUGCGUUCACUCCAGACUUCACCUCAUCCUGGGUGAUCCGGGAUCUUACCCUGGUGACAUCAAGAGGCACCUCUUUCCCUUUCACCCUGAAUGUGACGCUGCCUCACCACAUGCUGCCUCUCUGCGCUCAGGUGGUCCCUGGCCCCAGCUGGGAGGAAACGUUCUGGGUGGUCACCCUCAUUUUCACCUGCUUCUCACUGUUUGGUGUGUGUCUGAUGGCCUUCCAUCAGGCCCAGUAUAUCCUGAAUGAGUUCUCCACACCCAGCAUCAGGAGCAACCACAGCUCUGUCCUCUCCCAGGAUAACGGCCCCGUCAAUAAUAUCACACCCAAUGGAGUCAAUAAAACCAAGGGCAGUUGUAAGAGCUAUGUGGACACGGGUCACACCUCAGAUAAAGGUAAAGGGCGGGGCUCUCCAGCCCUGGCCAACAGCCCCGCCCCACGUCCUCAGUCCUCAAAGAAAGGAUCACUUGUCACCCCAUCCCAGUCACAAAAGAAACACAAAGUUUCACUCUAUUACACCAAAUACAAGUCCAGCUCAUCCGCAGCAGCCGCUGAAGCUCUGUUGCUGGAUGAAGACCAUGAAGACUUAACACCGGACUCUCCCCUGACCCCAGACCCUGAUGUCUGCAACAACAACGAACCAGCUUUCAUUAGCGAGCUGGACAAAAAGAUACCUGCAGACUUUAAAGAAGACCCCCAAAGCACUAUAGAAGAUAGCGUAGCAGUUAUGUUUCCCAUGGAAAUGCCUGCUGGUUUCCCAGAUAACGUCACGUUAAGUCCAGGACCCAGACCAGGCUUGUUGGUGUGCAGUCCUAUAGAGAACAGCUGCGCUAAGCACUUUGCAGAGAAGAUCGACUCUGAGAAAAGGGACAAUGCUCAAAUGGAGUUAAGAGAAGACGGCAAAGGGCAGAAAAAGAAAGCACAGAGUGCUGAGACUGGCACUGUACCAGUAAAUAAUAAGGGAAAGAGGAGUCGCAGGAAGACAGAAAACUUCUCCAGUGCUCCUGAGCACAAUGUUGUAGCGAUGCAAGAGAGGGAGAAAGAAUCUGAAUGGAAAACAGGGGACCGGAACAUCAGUGCCCGCAACAGGAACCGCUGCUGCAACGGCCCCAAGCCAGAAGCACCAAAGCCCGGACAGAGUACUGAGAGCGCCCUCAAUCAGAAUGGUGUGUUUCCAGCUCGUACACGGCGGAAGUGUGCCACCGAUCGGUGCAGCAGAGGAGUGUGUGAGUCGGGUUCAGACUCUGGCAGCUCGUCAGGCAGUGUGAGAGCCAGCAGGGGGAGCUGGGGCAGCUGGAGCAGCGCCAGCAGCAUGGAAGGCGACAAAGACCCCAGUGCCAGGACACACGCAUGCACUACCUCAUCUAAAAAAAGGGAAUCCAUGCAGUAUGGCGUCUACCCAGUAGAACGAGACUGCUACCAGAGCAUGAAUACAAACUACAAGGCUCUCAGCAUGAACAGCUUGUACCGUAAAGAAGUUUGCCAAAGCCCAGAACCCACAACUCCCAGCUUCACCCCAAGUUUUGCUGCUGUUGCUGCCGGACUAGACAGAAACACAGAUCUGACAGGUCAGUAUUUGCCUGAGGAGACAUGGUCCGCUCCCUCCAUCCCACUCACCAAUGAGUUCAGAUACAACACCACUGAAGCUCUGCCCUACAUACCUCAGCCAGCAACCACCGCAGCAUACAAUGGGUUUACUUGGAGUAAUGCCAACAGCCACUGCAACAGUCCCUACACCUACAGUGAGGGAAACAACUACAUAGGUAAUGGAACAUUUCCGAGUAGUUAUCCCAGUCAAGAGGGCCAGAAUGCACACUGCAGUCAGACCAGCUGGAGUGAAGAACAGUCUCAGGAAUCACCCUCAACCUGGGACACAGCAGCCUGUGUGGGCGGCAAGCCAUACUUCUCUGGGACCCGCAGCCUAUCUCCCAUGUCCAGCCUGUUUGGGUCCAUCUGGACCCCUCAGAGCGAACCCUACCAGAGCCACCACUUCCAACCUGAGCGAUCAGCCCCGAUUUCCCCCGUCUCCCCCAUCACCCCUCCUCAUUCUCCCUUCAGCCGGGAGACAGAGGGGAGGUGCGCUCCCAUCCAGUAUUCCAGCUUCAACCCAUUCGGCCCGCACAUGAACCUGGACAUUUGGAACUCUUCUUCAAACCGCAGCUCCAACUCACAGCUCUCAAACGACUCUGGCUACUGCGGAGAUGUUUGAAAGGGAAAAAAAAAAAAGAGGAAAUGGCAGACCUUAACAAUAAGUGCAAACGUAUAAAACAUUGAUAUGUAAAAGAAAGG